UUUCAUUUUGCUAGUUUUAUACCUAGUAGAUUGUGUUUUAUCAAAUACAUACAUAAACAAACAAAUAAAUAAAUAAAUACAAUUAUUGUUGCCCAUAUUCCGCUAUAUGUGCGCAUGCCCAGUAGCCGCAUCUGUACACCCUCUAGUCUUACCCAACAUUUGGAGAAACAAGAAAAAUAACGAGAAGAAAUAUUAACCGCAGAUAUUGUCGAAGAUGGUAUUAAGAUGCUGGGUCAUUUAUUUACUUCUACAUCUGACAAGCAAAGUGUCUCUGCAGGACUCUGCAGUUACUACAGUUACCCGUUACAGUUUUGUUGGAGGAUCUGUCACCUUGCCAUGCAUAUAUGGCAAUAAUCUGCAAGGUAAUGAUGUAUAUUGGCGAUACAAUGUAAGCAGGAAAGUGUUAAGUAUUAUAAAAGGCAAGCCCUCACCAGAAAAACAGGACAAAAUAUUCAGCAAUCGAACAGACAGUUUCCCUUCAGAAUAUCCAAAGGGAAACUACUCAGUUGUGCUCAAAGAUCUGGAGUUGACGCAUGCUGGAAACUACACUUGUUUUUUACAAAACUCCGAUGGCGAAAAGAAUAUACAACUUUUUGUCAAAGAAAAGCCUCAACAACCAACUCCAAGCCAAAGAAACUCAUGGAAAUACAGUCACUGAAGAUUUUGACUUUUCCAACCACUCUACUCAUACUCUGUUACUCUGGACUGUGUGGUUUCGUCGACUUACUGAGUCUGUAUUAUUAGCAGCUAAGCACCACAGCUAUUGUAUUUGUUAGUGUUCUUAUUGUUCUGAACAAGAACUGGAGCCUUGAGUAUACCGAUGCUUUUGAUGUUGUAGACACAUUUUCACAGGAGUCAUUCACUCACCUUUAGAAUAACUGCAUAAACUACUUAAACCAGAUGCUUUGCAGUCUGGUCAAAAACACUGUAAUACUGUAGAAACCUCAUUGGUCAAUUUCUUUAAUAUCUUAGAAAACAUGUCUAUGAGCUGAAAAAGUGCUCUUGAAUGGAUCAUCUUUUUAUGUGGAUAAUUGGCUUACUAAUCAUCAAACUCAAAACGUCAAAUCCCCUCCACAAAUGUCAUAUCGGUUUCUUCACGUCCUAUAUAUUUUCAGCAGUGUUUUUUGGUGUUAGUGUGCUUGGCCUUUUACCCACUACUUUUAUAUUGUAGUUACAUUUGUUUGUUUUGCUUGUUUUGUCUCUGUAUCAAGUGCUAUGUUAGAUUUACAAUUACAAUAUGACACACACAUUGCAUAGAGGAAAGCAGGGUGAGUUGAGCCAGUUUUUACAUGUGAGCACAUGACAGUAAUGGGUCAAACUUAAAUAUGUACAUAAAAUUCAGGAUGUGGUGCAGCCUUGGGAAUAAUCACUUUGGAUCUAAAAUAAACUGCUUUUAAAAUGGCUUUACAAAAAAUAAUGCUAUAUCAAAGAGUAAUUUCAAUGAAAAAUGGCUUCCUAAAAUCUGUGUGUGAUCCUUAUGAUGGGCCGACCAUCCAUGCAGGGAGUUUCCCACCUGUGGCUCAAGACGCUGGGUUAGGCACAAGCUCCUCUGACCCUAUAGGGACAAAGCAGUUUGGAUAAUAAAAUUGAUGGAUGGAUGAGUUCUAAAAUGUCUAAUUUAAAGAUACAGUUCAAAACUUUGAAGGCAUUUUUUUAAUAUUAAGAGAAGUUUAGAGCAAAAUACAAUUUAAAUUAGAGAAUUGAGAAUUAAAAAAACUGACUGCAGUUGUGAUCCUGAACCACAAAGCCAGUCAUAAGGGUAUUUUUUUUGAGAUUGAAAUUGAGAUUUAUACAUCAUCUGAAAGCUAUAAAUGAAAAAGUGAAUACAUAAGCUUUCCAUUGAUGUAUGGUUUGUUAGGAUAGGACAAUAUUUGGCCAAGAUACAACUAUUGGAAAAUCUGGAAUCUGAGGGUGCAAAGAAAUGAUCAAAAUUUUUGUCAAAAGGUCACAAUUGACCUUACAGAACUGGGCUAAUAGCACUCAACAUCCCACUUAUGAAUGUUGCAGGGAAAUACAAUGUCAUAAAAUCUGUGUGGCCAAAUCUAAAGUGGCCAAUUUUCACAAACAAGGCCUGUUUUAAAUUUUUUUAGAAGAAAAAUUAGUUCAAAACAAAGAACCACAUAAAAAUGUCUGGUCUAAAAUUUAUUAAAUAUAAAGAAGAAUUAAAGUAAAAUCAUACUUUAUAAUCAUAAGAAGGGGAAAGCCUCUGGCUCAACUUAUCCAGGACCUUUGACUCAAAUUACCCCACUCUCACCAUUUUAACAAAUGUAUAUCAUCCAGCAGUUUAUAGCUAACAUCUUACUAACAGUAUAGUCUCAUAUUAUGUAAGCAAUAAGGUAGGAGAGUAAGUGCCGUAUUGUGAAUAAGUCAUGGCUGAAGGGUGUUGUCAGGCAUGGCGCAAAUUAUAAACCUUCCUAAAGCACAAAUUGAUGUGUAAUGCUUUUUCAGAUUUGUCUAUAUUUGUUUAGACACAAGAAGUGUUAGUCCUUGAAUAUAAAAUAUCACUUUGAUCACUUUUUGAAACUUGUCAACUUUGUUUUUUUUUUUUUUUAAUGUAGUUACCAAUUAUCUCUCUUCAUCACAGGGCGAAUAAAAUGGAUAAAAUUGAUAACUCUUCAUAUAUUGGUGGUCAUAUCACCAAUUGGCUAGAAACAAGGAGUAGCUCAAACUUUGUAUUAAACUGGAAUAAGUAUUGGCUUGGCUUUUCAAAUGGUGGAAGUUAUUAAGUGCUUUGUGUUCACUGUAUUGUUCAGUUUCUGUAGUACUUAUUUAUUUUUAACUGAAUGCUACUGUCAGAUAAAAAGCAGUGUUUAUUUGUAUCUUUCUUUAUUGUAUUUGACAUGUUGUUUAUUUUAUUUUAUUUUAUUUUUGGUGGUGAUUUUUGUUCCAGUGUUUAAAAGUGUUAAAAAUUCAGUGUUAAAAAUGCUGAACUGUUAAAAAUCAAAGUUAUGUAUUUAGAAAAACAAUGAAAAAUGAGCUGCUGUUUUACAGAUCAUUAAAAUAACAAAAGGCUCUUAUGUUUUUUUUUUUUUAAAUUUGUCAUUCUAAAGAACAGCAAGCUACCCAGGUGUUUAAAGGAAAAGCCUACAUAGUAUGGAUUCAUAUAUGUCUAAUGGCUCCAGUCUGCCCCCGUAUGAUGUCAGUUUAACUGGAAAAAGGGAUGAAUAAAUAAAAGUGCUGUGUGAGCAUGUGUUCA